AUGGCAACCUCCAUUAACCUAGACCUGCAAACUCAAGAAAGCGCAUACCUCUACAUUUUUCGUGAGUUGGAGUACUUCAUACCCUCACAGAUCGUCCAUGGCCUCAGUUGGGAAAUUGCCCAUCAUGCCCGUGUCGAAGCGAUCUCCCGCCACGAGCCCAACAUGCAAGUGCAAUUGCGUUUCUUUAUAGAUAUCAAAUACGUCAGAGAAAUUGUAGAUGGUGAGCACCCCGAACCCGAAACCGAAGCCCUCCAACAAGAGGAGGAAAUUAUUGCAGAUGAAAUUCUGGAAGAUGAGAUUGAGGAAACGGCAACAGAGUUCGAGUUUCGCCAAUUCAUCGAACUCUCUUCGCAAGAGGGAUACAUUUUCGAAGGUGAAUACCGACCAAUGGAAACCGACAAUCUCCAGCUACUUAGAGCCAUUGAAGCAUCCGCACAGGUGGAUUUUCCUCUAAGACCGGCUGCAAGAUCAGCAGUACAGUCCUUAGCCAGGCCUGAUAUCGAAGCGCAAGAAGAGGUUGUUUGCACUGUGUGCAUGUGCAACAUAAGUGCUGGGGAUGGGAGGGUACUCCCGUGCUCUCACAUCUAUCAUGCGGAUUGCAUCUUCAGGUGGUUGGAAUUGAGAAAUUCAUGUCCAAUAUGCCGAUUCCAGCUCCCUGUCCAAGAGUGA